AUGACUCUGGUUUCAUCACAAAGCAAAACCGUUGCCUGGAAGUAUGCUAUUGACAGGCAUCUUAGUCGCCUUUCCGACACGCAAAGGAAAACAUUCUCUACAACGGCAACUCCUGAGGAAUGCCUGGAUCUCAUUCGACAAGCUCAAGGACGAAAGAAAUAUGAUCGCUUUAUAGUGGCGCUGCGGCCAUUGAUCGAACCUUUGAAGAGGUUCGAGGGAAGUAUUGAUGUCCUUGUUCAGGCACAGUCGGGCAUCGCUUCACCAAUUUGGGGGCCCCUACGGAUGGUGAUCACACUCAUCAGUGAUCGCCUAAAGACGCUGCAGAAUCUUGUCGUUCUACUUGAUAGGAUUGUUGAUCCACUGAAGCGCUUUGCCAAUUACGAGUCUCUCUUCAGUGAGAACGAGCUUCUACAAAAUGCUAUUGCUGCUCUGUAUUGCGACCUCCUCGAAUUCUCUUCUCGCAUCAUUCGGUACUAUUCAAGGUCAUCGUUUUUAAAUGUCUUCAGCUCUUUCGACAAAGAUCUACUUGAGGUUUCUGAUAGCGUAAGACAUCACUGGACCGAGAUUGACAUUGUCGCCAAUGCGGCAAAUAUAGAAGAGGCAAAGAAUGCCCGAGAAGCCGAGAAAGUCCAGCGACAGUUGGACAUACGGAAAGACAUCAAUCGCUGGCUCUCGCCCUCAAAUGUUUCUGAUGAUCUUGCAAAGCAUCUUUCAGAGUACGUGGAGGGUUCUUGCAAAUGGCUCUUAGCAGAAGCAGCCUUGAAGGAUGUCCUCAGUACUACCGAUUCUUCAAUGCUGCGCAUCCUCGCAAGACCUGGCGGAGGGAAGACCACUGCGGCAGCUUUCCUGAUCAGGCAGCUAGCAGGAUCUACUUCCGGAGCGACUUUGUACUUUUUCUGCAAAGCUUCUGAUGCAGAAAAGCGGACAAGUCUGCACGUUCUUCGAUCACUCCUUUGGCAAUGUUUGCAGUACGACAACAACCUAUAUGCGGCAAUGGUGCAGUGGUACUACCAAAGUGGUCGUUCCAUUGCUGACUCGCAAACCGAUGUCAUUGGAAUGUUUACGACCUGCAUGCAGGGCACCGCUCUGCCUGCAAUCCACAUCGUCAUCGAUGCCCUUGAUGAAUGUCUAGACAGUAUGGAUCUCCUGCCAGCACUCUCCAACGCAAUGGCCGCUUCUCGCAGGCCACUCAAGCUGAUUCUCUUCUCCAGAGACGGCAUGAGUCUGCCAGAUGUGCCAAUUUUGCAAUUACCAACCAUUCAUUUGACGAAGGAUAAAUGCCGAAGCUCAAUAGAUUCUUAUGUGAAAAAGCGGCUCGCCGAGGUUGAUUCCCUUGAAGGGCAUCGGCAUGACGAUCAACUGGCCCAAUCAAUCUCGCAUGCCGCAGAUGGUCUCUGGCUCUUUGCACGACUUCUCAUAGAUGAGCUUCACUAUGCACCAAGCUGGGGUGAAGUGCAGCGGCAAAUUUCGGGCCUGCCGCACGGAUUGAGGAAUCUCUAUACAUCUAUUCUCACCACAAAGGAAAAGACGUUCUCGGGGAUGCAGCUAAAAAUGAUCCAAGAAUUAUUCCUUUGGAUUGAUACCACGGAGUACCUGCCAGAAUGGUUUCGUUGGAACAAGAACAGUGAUGUUAUUGAAGAUCAAACGAUUUGUGCGAUUUUGGAUGUUGCUACGACCAGCAGAGAGCUCUUCGAUCCACCAAACCUUAUUAAACGGCUGGCAUCGCCCCUGCUGGAAGUGCGCAUCAUCUCUCCCAUGGUCGCAGUUGAUCAGCAUGGGACUCCAUAUCAUUGCACUGCGUUCUCUGUCGAAUAUGUCCACCAGACUGUCAUUCAGUAUCUUCGAUGGACUGUAGAUGCGCUCUCAGCAGACCUGCCGCACUCGCUAAGACCAAGGCGACUGGCUGCUCUGUACCGAGGCGUGACCGCGACACAUUAUCUGAGCCAAAGUGAUGACUUCAAAGAUAAUUUGCAACAGCUGCGUGAGCGUCCAAGACAUGGCAUCUUUGACAAUUACCUUGAAAUCGUCUAUGGGCUGUGGGGAGCGCUGAACUUACCACAUCUGAGGUGGGAUUUGGAUGCGGAGGAGAAUGCCAAAGCAGCAACUCUCUGUGACCAACUCACCCAUUUUCUUACAACAGAAAAAUGUCUGGGAUGGAUAGAAGCUGCUAUUAUCAUCAACUAUGCUGGGCAAUGGGUUAAUUUGAUCGAGAACGUCGAAAACGUCCUAGAGGUCGCUUCCGAUCCAUUGAGUUCGGCUCCAGCUUUUCACCGCUUCCAUUGUGCACGGCAGACCCUCAUGACUGACUUUAUAUACGUUCUGGCACAGACCUGGCCACAGGACGACCUUCCGACACAAACGCUCACCAGGAUCGCUCAAAUACCAAGGGGGUUCUAUCAAAGACCAUUGGCCAGGAAGGUCAUGGCCCUGGCUCGGCAGUAUCAAUGGCUUCUUUCGCCAGCACAAGCGAGGUCGAGUAAUUGCUUCUCGUUUAAUGGCCGUGGGUAA